UUGACCAAAUUAAACUUCUUCCGCAUCACGUGACACGGCCUCACUUCCUUGUGUCAUAUGACCAAUGACCGUCAUUCAAAACUGUUCAUAAACAUGUAGUAACCAGCGCUGAGGGGCCGGACGGUUUCUUUCUCGUCACAGGUGCAUCAGAGUCCACGAUGAAAUCCCUUAUAUGGAUCCUAUGCACUGUUGGUCUGGUUUUAUGUGCAGCUGAUCCAGUCAGGGCCACAAGACCUAAUUUUGUCUUGAUGAUGGUGGACGAUUUGGGAAUUGGAGAUCUUGGUUGCUACGGGAACACAACCCUUAGAACACCUCAUAUAGACCGACUGGCCCAAGAAGGGGUAAAACUGACCCACCAUAUAGCCCCUGCACCCCUCUGCACUCCCAGCAGGGCCGCAUUCCUCACAGGCAGAUACCCCAUACGAUCAGGUAUGGCUGGGCAUGCGCGAAUUGGAGUGUAUGUCUUCUCGGCAUCGUCGGGAGGUCUUCCGAUUGAGGAAAUCACUUUGGCCAGGGUUGCUAAAGAGCAAGGCUAUGCCACAGCUAUAAUUGGAAAGUGGCACCUGGGUCUCAACUGUGAAAACAGUGCCGACCACUGCCACCAUCCCACUUCGCAUGGCUUUGACCACUUCUAUGGUACCAUUAUGACGAACCUCCGGGACUGCCAGCCUGGACAUGGCACAAUCUUCAGUAUCGUCCAUGAUCACAUUCCCUACAAGUACAUUACUAUUGGACUAGUCUCCCUGGCUUUACUUCAUUUUAGAGGGGUGAUAACGGUGCCCAGGAAGGUAGUUUUUGGUUUUCUGGCCCUGGUAGGGAUGCUGGUCAUUCUCUUUGAGCUGAUGGUGUACACAUUCCCAAAUUUUAAUUGCUUUCUAAUGAGAGGGGCGGAGAUUGUGGAGCAACCAUUUAUAUCAGAAAAUCUCACACAGAGGAUGACUCACGAGGCGAUAGAGUUUAUGGAAAGGUAUGUGUCCACCUUUAUAAGUAUUGUUUUUAUGCAUUUAUGUAUGUAUUUUUGGUUUAUAUAUUGCACUUUUAAUUUCAAAUGUAUGGAAAAUCCGUCCAUUACUCUAAGGUUUUUUUUUUUCAAAAUAGGUCAUAUUGAAGCUUCUACUACAUGUUUGUGUCGUAUACAUUAUAUGCACGUACACACUAAUUGCCAACGCUCGAACUGA